UGAGAGGUUAGAGAAAGGUUAGCUGACACGUUUAGUUUCAAAUAUAUUUAUUUUGGACGGCGGAGUUCGUGCUGAAAUUUAACCGAACACGGUAACUAGUUGGUGUUGUUAUUUACGUGUAAUUUUCCUGUCACACGGUCGUAGAUAAGAGGAGGACUCGUGCAGUUGUGGACAGUAAACACAGCGCAAAAGUGGAUGGUCAUUCAUUUGAGUUUGAGCUAGCCUGUUAGCCAGCCUGCUAACUUGUUUUUGCUAUCCAAAGGAGCAGCUUUCAUGGCCGCCAGCGAUUAAAUGUUAGAGAGUCCGGAGUGGAGUGAGUGUUUGUGACUUAACAGUUCGCCUGUUUCAGUUGCUUUACCCAGACAGAUAUAGACAGAGAUAAACACUCCUGUUGUGUUUACUAAUAACUCAUCUGACUGCACUCGGACCAUGUCGGAGUUAUAUAUUCGGGUGGCAGAGGAUGAAAGCGAGGAGCCGAUGGAGAUCCCCUCAGAAGACGACGGCACUGUUUUGUUGUCGUCUGUGGCGGCACAGUUUCCAGGGGCGUGCGGGCUGCGGUACAGGAACCCGGAGUCCCAGUGCAUGCGGGGAGUCCGGCUGGUGGAGGGGGUCCUGCAUGCACCCGAGAGCGACUGGGGAAACCUGGUCUACGUGGUCAAUUACCCCAAAGAUAACAAAAGGAAGAUGGAUGAAAUAGACGCUGCCUCAGCUGUGAAAAUCAAAAGGGGCUUUCAGAAGACAUCAGAUCUCAUUGUCCUUGGGCUGCCGUGGAAAACAACAGAACAAGAUCUGAAAGAUUAUUUCACUACCUUUGGCGAAGUCAUCAUGGUGCAGGUUAAGAGAGAUGCAAAAACAGGCAACUCAAAAGGAUUUGGGUUUGUCCGCUUCACUGAGUAUGAAACACAAACCAAAGUGAUCGCUCAGAGACACAUGAUUGAUGGAAGAUGGUGUGACUGCAAACUUCCCAACUCAAAGGCAUGUCCUGAUGAACCCAUGCGCAGCCGUAAAAUCUUUGUGGGCCGCUGUACAGAGGACAUGACCACUGAUGAACUGAGGCAGUACUUCAUGCAGUAUGGUGAAGUCACUGAUGUCUUCAUCCCCAAACCUUUCCGGGCAUUUGCAUUUGUCACAUUCGCUGAUGACCAGGUUGCUCAAGCCCUGUGUGGAGAGGACUUGAUCAUCAAGGGAGUCAGCGUGCACAUCUCCAAUGCCGAGCCCAAACACAAUAAUAGUAGGCAAAUGAUGGAUCGCGGGCGGUUCGGGGCUGGUGGGUUCAGUCAGGGCUAUGGCAGUAAUCGUGGUGGGCUAGGCAGUGGUAGCAGUGGGGUUAACUUUGGGGCUCUUGGUCUUAACCCAGCAAUGGUGGCGGCUGCCCAGGCAGCGCUGCAGAGCAGUUGGGGAAUGAUGGGCAUGCUGGCUAACCAGCAGGGUCUGACCACAACGGCAGCCACAGCCACAACAACCCGAGACCAGACCUAUAGCUCUACCAGCGCCAGUUACAGCAGCCCCAGCUCAGCUAGCCUCGGUUGGGCUGCAGGCACUAACACCCCCUCCAACAGUGGCUUCAGCUCUGGCUUUGGCACCUCUAUGGAGUCUAAGUCUUCAAGUUGGGGAAUGUAGAUAGCUUUAGUUUACCUUUUUCUGUUGCUAUUAGGCUAAUCUGGUAAGUAUACCCAGGGGGGAACUGCUCAUAUCUUAUGUUCCUAUUGAUUAAAAAUACACUGCCUUUUUAUGUUUGUUGAAGAGAAGAUUUAUAUUUGCGUGUGACUGAUAAUGUAGUCCUGCAUUGAAUGGGUGAAAAGUGUAUUAUGUUAGUGGAAGCUGCCACAUGACCUUUUUUGUUUUUGAGAACAUGAGAUGAGAUGUGCAUGCAAGAUUAAUAUUUAUAAACAUGCACGAGUAUCACAAGAGCCCCCACAGCCCCUUGUAAUAUGGGUUUGAAAUAUUUAUAUAUCUGUAUGCAGUUGAUUGCAUCUUUUUGUUUGUUUUUUGUUUGACAUCUGAUGGAAACGCCUUCAUGAAAAUCUCUUCUGCAGUUCACCAACUCUUUCCCAAUUUCCCGGGAGGAAGCGCCUCAUUGGCAGCAAUGUUCGACAGAUCUCAGUAUCAAUUCCCCUCCUCCCAUGUGUAAAUGCUUUGCCAUCAAAGAACACAGCUUCACUCAGCAUAUACUGUGUUAGACGGUGGGUGUUGUUUUUUUCCUCUCCCCUUUUUUUUAUGGAUAUAGAAAUCUUGUCUGCUCUUGUCGCUUUCGAGAUCAAUGAAUGGGAUUGAUGUUGGACAGAGUGAGACUGAGAGUGAGCGAACGGGAGAGCAAAAUGAAAGAAAGCAAGUGUGAGAAGGACUGUUUGUGCAAACUUUUUUUUUUUUUAAAGGGACAAAUGCCUGCGAGAGUUGAGAAGAACCUGUGGCUUUGUGCGAGUGUGAGCGGAAGAAGCAAGUAUGAGUGUGUUCCUAAUGGCCAUCACAAGGACAUUUAUUGCAUCUCGAGAUCCUUAAGAUCUCCUUUCUCUCAUUGUUUUCACCUUAAUUCUUUAAAAACACAAUGAAAUGUCAAGUGCUAUGAGUAUUUGUAUCCUUUCGUAGCUUUUCUCUUGCUGUCUGAUUUGACGUGAAUGCCGUGUCUGGUUGUGUGCUUUUAUUUUCUCCUUGUUACCACCCUCUCUGUGUGAAAAUGAGCUGGUGAAGUCUGUGUGGGGAAAAACACUGGGGGAGCUUGAAAGUGUGUGUAGAAGUUUGCGAGUGAGCUCAGAGGUUGAUGUGGUGAAUGUUUGACAUGUUCCCAUUGAAAGUUUGUGUUUGAAGUAGUUACGAAUGCAUUUUCUAUGUUUUGUGAAUCAAAAGGAAGUCUGAAAUAAAACUGAUUUUGACUAGG